GGGGAAGCGCUCUCCAGCAGUGUCAGUCUGGAGCUCGAAACAGCGUUGACAUUUAGCUUCCUAUCAAAUGGCAAAUAGUAUUGCAACUGUUUUUGAAAGUCUGAAAGUCGAAAUAGAGUCCCCGUGUUGUUAGUGAUAUUGCUAAUAUUUUAGUGCACCUAUAAGGAAACGGGUGGUAAAAUUGAUUGCAAUAAUGUAUCCUGGGAAAGUUUGGGACAGGAGAGAAGGUGAAAAAAAGUUACACACUGAACUCCCAGAAGUCUCCAUCAUCUUCAAGUUACGAUGUCAACAAAUACUGACCUUGCAGAGGGCAGAGCUCUGGCUAAGUAAGGACCUCUCCAUGUGGUGUCCUCACACAGCCUCUCCAGCAUGACAGCCUCAGGAUAGCUGGUCUUAUUAUAUGGCAAGUGGUCCAAGAACGAGUGUUGCAAGAGACCCGUGCAGAAGCUGAAUAGCUUCUUCUUUAUUACCCAACUCUGAGAAUCUGAGAACACCACUUCUACCACAUUUUAUUGGUUAAGCAAGUCACUAAGGCCAGCCCAUAUCCAAGCCGCAUAGAGGGGAGACGGUAGUUCCAGGAUGCAUCAACCUUGACAAUCAACAACUUCCACCCCAGUGCUACUGCUGCAACUCCUCUUCAUGGUAUUCCCCAACACCGACCCUCCUUCUCACUAGAAGAAGCCUUCUCUAAGGGUAGAAAAUGAUGAUACGUUUUUCUCGUCGUCAUUCAGUGGCAUCUCUGUUCUGCCAAUAUUUUUUGAAGGCUGAACAUAAAUAUCAUUUAGUGUUUCCAAAAAGCACCUGCUCAGAGUGUCAGAGUACAAAUUUAGAAACCUAUAGAGAGCCAGAGGGUCAUCAUUUCACGAACUGAUUUGUUACAAAUUUCUCAAGUGAAACUACGUUGCCUGGAAGACCUCUUGACAUAAACAAUACAAAGGAUGUCAAACUUGGGACAAUUUGACUCUGAUUUUUACCAAUCUAAUUAUACUAUUGAUAAUCAGGACCAGAGUUCUGAAGAUUCUAAUGCCUAUGGAAAUCUUUAUGGAUCUAGACAACAGCAAGCCAGUGAGCAACCCCAGGCUGCCUUUGUCCCACAAGAGAUGCUCAUGUCAUCGGGUUACGAGGGACAAUUUUUUCAGCCAGCAUCCAACCCGGAUUAUUAUUCACAAUCUUCUUACAUUGACAGUUUUGAUGAAGAGCCUCCUUUGCUAGAAGAUAAGUUAAGGGAAUGCUAUUAAUGUGUGUACAGCUAGAAGAAUAAUAGCAAUAAUCAGCACAUAAUGUGCACUGUCAGCAUGCUGUAUACUGUGUUUUAUGUGUGAUUAUCCCAUGUUUAAACAAGAGUCUGCCAAACAAAGGUGCUUAAACCGUUAAAAGUUUGUCUCGUGUGUGUGUGGAGGGGGGGUGAACUGGAAGUAGAUCUGUACUAUUGCCACACUAUUACUGCUGUUAUUAAAUGUUUCUUCAGUGUGUUAGAGUGCAGACUCCCUUACCAUGUGUAGACAAUAGUGAACAUGUCUUUUACCAGAGUGGUUAUAGCAAUGACCCUUUCCACCCCAGUUAACUUGUAUCUUCUGCUAUGAUGCCUGGGAGCCAAGGGGGUAGUUUCUCAAUAUUCUUUUAUUGUCAUGGAUACAACCCAUUUUUCUUCUUUCCUGGGUCAUAUGAGUCCCCUCAUCUCAGCUAGGUAUGGCUAAGUGGGGAGGAAUAGGAUUCCAGUAAAUAGCACUGUUCAUGGCAGGAAACCAGUGGACCCUUGCAGUUGAAGGUCUCAGGGAUUUCAAGGGAUGUUCCAGCCAUUGAUUUUUUUUUUUUUUUGGUUCAGCCACACUACAUCUGCUGCUUUUUGCUCUUGAAGAAAAUCAACAUAUGCUAGAAGCAUAGAGGCUAGAAAACUGAAACUCAAGUAGAUUUAAAUUUAACCACAGGGAAAUACUAAUAGGUUAACUAUUAUGCUCUGACCCCUUUAUAUGUAGUCAAGUGAAAAGGGAUAGAUUAAAAUUCCCAAUAUUUUACAUCAAAAGAUAAGUGUUUGUCUCGUAUAAACACAGCCAACCACUUGGCAUUAAAGCAUUCCCUCUUUGUCUUCAAAAUUCAAAAAGGGUGAAAGAUUUAAACCACUUAGAAAAGCAUAGGGGCACAUAGGUGGCUCAGUCAGUUGGGCAUCUGACUUCUUCCACUCAGGUCAUGGUCUCGUGGUUCAUGGGUUCAGGCCCUGCGUUGGGCUCUAUGCUGACAGCUCAGAACCUGGAGCCUGCUUUAGAUUCUGUUUCUCCCUCUCGCUCUGCCCCUACCCCACUCGCCUCUGUCUCUCUCUCUCAAAAUUAAACAUUAAAAUAAGAAGUUUUAAAAGAAAAGCACAGAAAAUUAUGUAAUAGUUUUGUUGGCUCUUUAGAAGCCAGUUAGAUUUGGGAAUCAGUUAUGUUUAACCAAUUCAUUCUAGUUUGCCUCUGAAAUAGUAAUCAACACAUGAAAGUUAUAAGCUAUCCUCAUUACACAUUUUCUUUGAUUCCACCAACAUAUCUACUUAAAAAAAAAAACUAUCAGUUGUGUUGUUAUAAAAGUUAUCUAUAUUCAACAUAGAAAUUUUAAAAAUACAGAAACAUAUGAAUAAAAUUAUGAGAACCACCUAAAAUUUUGUCUGUAUGACAUAACUACCAUUAAUGAUUUGAUGUAUUUUCUUCCAGCCUUUAUUCUAUUUUUCUGAGUGUGUGUGUGUGUGUAUAAUGCAUUUAUGUAUGGGGCGCCUGGAUGGCUCAGUCAGUAAAACGUCCAACUUCGGCUGGGGUCAUGAUCUCACGGCUUGUGAG